UUAACGUGCGUUAUGUAUAUAUAUAUAUAAUUUACGAACCUAGUAAUAUAACCUAACCUAUAAAAAUAUAUGCGCGUACAAUUCGUUGACAAAACAAUAGGAUAAAUAUUUGUGAUGUUCAGUGCAUAUUAAAAAUGUUAUGAGAUAGAAUGUAUCCAGCAAAUCAUAAGACUAUUUUCGUAUUAGACCAUACGCCUUAUUUUGGUAUAUCUGCGGAAUGCCCAUUAGAAUUCGACUUUUUAAAGAGUCGUGGGCAAAAUUUAAUACCAUUAGCUCCUGUUUGUAAAUCAUUAUGGACUACAAGUGUCGAAGCAUCUCUUGAAUAUUGUCGCAUUGUUUGGGACUUAUUCCCGACUGGCAAAUUGAUCAGAUACGUAGUGACCGAUCGUGCAGCUUAUGUAUUGAACUCAUGGAGUCCACUUCAGCAAAAUCUAACUCAUAUAAUGAAUGGAACCGCCAUUCUUGGCGUACCGACAAAAAAUCCAGAACCAGGAGAAGAUUAUUCAGUGAUACAUGGUCUAAGAGUAGCUAUAGAAACGCUCAAUGAAUGUUCCGAGAUUCAACACGAAAAGAGAACUUCUUUGAAUGAAAAUACCAAUAAGCUUUUAAAUAGGGGUAGAGUAAUUUGUAUUACAAGUGCGCGAGAUAAUAGUAACAUGAAAAGUUUAGAAAAUAUAUUUUUGAAUGAAUUAACUCAAGAGAAUAAAACUGCUCUAGCUUCGGAUCAUUUGAUGCCAAUAGACUUCUGUCAUUUAGUUAUAUUAAAUAUCUGCCCUAAUAACAUAGAAUCACAAGUUACCAGCCAAGGACCACGGGAGGUUUCACCUCUUUUGACGGUGGAAGUGCAUUCAAUAAAGGCCCCUGCAUUACAUUCAAAGUUAUCCCAUCUUAUUUUAUCGCAUUACGAUUUAGCCAGUACAACGGUAACAGGAAUACCAAUGAAAGAAGAACAAAAUGCCAGUUCUUCUGCAAACUAUGACGUAGAAAUAUUUCAUUCCUCUGCGGCACAUUCUGCAAUUUUGAAAGGUAAUCCACAAGAUUCAGCAUUACUAAAAACAUUUAGAAGAUUCGAAGAAGGUUCAGAGUACGAAACAGUAACUUUAAAAUGGUGUACACCACGAGGUUGUAGCGCAUCGGAAAUGCAAAACUGCACGGCAAUGCAUAGGAUUACUCCAGUUGAUGUAAAUAGUAGGCCGUCUUCUUGUUUAAUUAAUUUUCUUUUAAAUGGUAGAUCAGUAAUGUUAGAAAUGGCAAGAAAGAGCGGUGGAAAAACAAUAUCUCAUUUACUUGCUGCUCACGGUGGUGAAAUCUUUAUACAUACAUUAUCUACGGCAAGAAGUGUCCUUGAAGAUCCACCUUCCAUCAGUGAAGGUUGCGGUGGUCGUGUUACAGAUUAUAGAAUAACUGAUUUUGGAUCUCUUAUGAGAAAUAACAUGUUAGUGCCUUUAAAACGUAGUCCGAACAGUACUCCAGAAGGACCAGUGGAAAGAAUGAGACCAAGAUUAGAACGUCAUACAAAAUAUUGGCCAAUUACAAUUUCUAGUACUCUGAUGUUUAAUUUAAAGCAGUUACUCGAUCCUUUACCAGAAAUUAUGAUAAAAGAAGAAAUAACAGUGGAUGAGGUUGUACAAUGCAAACAAAUAAUCUUUAGUAUACUUCAAUUGGAAGCAAAGCAUGAAACAUUGUCGAUGCCAAGUAUAGGUGGUGGACGAGUUGGUAAAGGUGGUGCACGUCGAGAAGAACAUUAUCGUUUGUUAUGGGGGGAAUUGGAAACAUUUCUUAAACAUCAUGCGAAUAAUUCUGCUAAUCAUUCCGAAGUUCUAAAUUGUUUACUCGAAGUAAGAAGCAAAGAUGACAAAGAUAAAGUUGAAUUGGAUCAAGCUUUACGCGAAUUGGAUGGUUUUGGAAAGGAGGAUGGAACUGCACGAGCAAGUGUGAUCAGGGCAACAACGGAUUCACCGAUGUCACCGCCAGCAAGUACAUCGAUAUCGCUUGGAAAACAAAUUCACAAAGGGAAUCAUCAUACACCGAAAACAUUGUUAGAUAUUUGGUUGCAACGAAGUACACCAAAGGAAAAAAAACCGGAUUUUCAUGGUCGAAUUAACAGUGACGGUCUUAAAGCUAAAUUAUAUCCAAAUUUGAAAGAAAGUGGAAGGGAACCUAGAGAAACAAUAUUGGAAGGAUAAAUAAAGCAAUCAGGAAAAAUUAAUCGCAGUAAAAAUAAAACAAGAAAGAAAAUAUAUAAACGUACAUCAUACAUAAGAAUGUUUGUAAAUAAUAUUAUAACGAAAUCUACACAACAAAUCAA